UUUUUAAUUCCUUGUUUUUAUUAGUUUUUUAAAUUUAGAUGUUUUUUUUAAGAUAUUAUGUUAGUUACUAGAACGUUGGUUCAUAAAAAUUUCUCAAAAAAAACAUUUUUUUCAUCAACUUCAAAACAUUUUCUAACAAGUCAACAUUUUGUGAGAGAUACUGGAAUUCGAUCUUUAAAUAGGUGUAGCAAUAUGGGUGUGAAAUUAAGAGAUAUUAUAAACAGAUUGAAUGUUAUGGCUCCUUUAAAAUUGGCAGAAAGUUGGGACAAUGUAGGAGUGUUAGUUGAACCAGAUAGUGAUAAAAUAAUAGAAACCAUUUUACUUACCAUUGAUCUUACUGAAGAUGUCCUGGAAGAAGCCAUUGAAAAUAAAGCACAGCUCAUCAUCUCCUAUCACCCUAAUAUUUUUAAAUCCUUAAAAACUGUCUCACAAAACCACUGGAAGGAAAGGAUCAUAAUCAAAUGCAUUAGGAAUGGUAUAGCAGUCUUCAGCCCUCAUACUUCUUGGGAUUCAGUAGAAGGAGGGGUCAAUGACUGGCUUGGUUCAGCUUUCCAAACCCAAUCUAGUAAAGCUAUACUCAAAAAUAAAGAAUAUCCAGAUUCAAACAUUGGGGCAGGCAGACUGUUGUCUUUAGCUGCACCUAUAACAUUUAGGAAAGCAAUUGAUGAUGUUAAAGAGCAUAUUGGUCUGUCACAUUUAAGGAUAGGUGUUUCUAGACAUAAGGAUUUGGAUAGUUUAAUUUCAACAGUAGCCCUCUGUGCUGGCUCAGGCACUUCUGUACUGAAUGGGGUACAAGCAGACUUGUACUUGACAGGAGAAAUGAUGCAUCAUGACGUUUUGGAAGCUACUCAGAAUGGGAUUCAUGUCAUUUUAUGCAAUCACAGUGAUUCAGAAAGAGGAUAUCUUGAGCAUUUCCAAGAAAAGCUGAUUAAAAGUGAAAAUAUAAAUGUAAUGGUUUCAAAAGUAGAUAGAGAUUGUUUAACAAUUGUAUGAAUUACCAAGUACUGAAUAAAGUAGAGAGCAUACUGCAUACCAAACAAUAUCAUCUCUGUAUUUUUAAUUUCUUGGGUUCACAUGUACUGAAAUUUCAAAUAUUAGAACAAGACAUUUGGAUUGACAUUGACUAGUUGUGAAAAUCUAUACACCUUGAAGACACCAAUAAUUGGAAACAAAUAAAGAAGUAUACUUUUGCUAUAGAAUUCUUAUAAUGUUGAAUAUUACUAAUAUAUUCUCAAAUUUUAUGACUGUACCUCUACCUAUAAUAGAUAGCUUAUAAGUUCAAAAUCUGUGUGGUCUCAAUGGUUUUUCAACAUCAAACAACUCAGGAUCUUGUAAGAAAACUGGCUCCUUGAGGUAAGUAGCCAUUAAUCCUGCACUUUGAGCUUUAACAAUUUCCUUUUCAAGCUUAUCUUGCUGUUUGGCACAAAGACCAGUAAUGUGUUUUCCAUAAAUUCUGCCAGUAUAUGGAGAUUGGAACUGUGAUAAUAAUCUCACAUUUUUAUAAUCUACUUGGAUAUUUUGUUUGCACAAAAUGCACUGCUGUUUGUCUUUCUCGAAUGGGUUCUCCAUAUUGAAGUCAGGAGCGUCUGUGGAACAUAACUUUCGGAGAGAAUUAUUACCUGAAAAUGAGAAGAAAGCGUGGAAGUGGAACAGCAGUUGAAUGAAAAUUUACUAACUUAUGAUGGAAUAAGAGGGAACUCUGCGUAGUAAACUAUUCAUCU